AUGGACCGUCGCGCUACCUUCGCUUCCCGGAGCUUCGCCGCCCCGAGCAUCCGCAUCAACAUCCCCGACCAGCUGCCCACGUUGUUCGAGCCGCAGAAGGCCAUGCCGAAGCCGAACCCGCGCUCCGGCACCACCGCCGACGCACCACCGUCGCCGGAGCGCCGCCUCACCGUGCUGGCCCUGCAGCUGGCCGUGCUCGAGAAGGCGGCGAGCCGGCUGGGCACGCUGGCCUUCAUAUGGGCCACCGUCGUGCUGCUCGCCGGCUUCGCCAUCACCCUCAGCCCAACUGACUUCUGGUGUAUCACGGGCCUUCUCCUCAUCGAGGGCACCCGCAUCUUGGGACGCAGCCACGAGCUGGAGUGGCAGCACCACCAGGCCAGCCGGACCCGCCCCGCCUCCCACGCCGCCGUCCGCGCCUUCUUCUGGAUGCAGCUGCUCUCGGCGUCGGCGUGCGUCUCCCUCUCCCUCGUCCGCCUCAUCCACCAGCACUACGGCGGCACCGAGGACGCCCGCACCAAUCGUGCCGCAGCGCUCAACAUCUUCUACAGCCUCGCGCUCGCAGAGGCGCUGCUCUUCCUCAUCGAGAAAGCGCUCUGGCAGUGGAAGGUGAGCCACCACCGCCUCCUCGAGCGCGUCGCCGACGACUGCAACCUCGCCAGCGCCUGCGGCCAGGUCGCCGUCCGCUGCUUCUUCUACGACUCUUACAUGCGCUGCCUCAACGGCAGCAGCUUCGAUGGUCUCCACAUGACUCUCGUCUCCUACGCCGACGACCUCAUCACCGUGGGCUCGCACGACGAGCAGAGCCUCGGCGCCAGCAUUCUCGUCGCGCUCGCCGAGUCCGACCGUUUCGCCGACGCCACGCUGCGCAGGAUCUGUGUUUCCGCGCCCACCAUCGAGCGCCUCAUCGAGAUGCUCAGCUGGAAGGGGGCCUCGGAGCGGGACGUCCGGCGCUCGGCCGCCGUGGUCGUGUCCAUGCUCACCGAGAGGAAGCUCAUCCUGCUACGAGUCACCGGCAUCCCCGGUGCCAUCGAGUCCGUCGCGUCGCUGCUCUACGCCGACCUCGACGAGCUCAACAUCCUCGGUCUCUCCAUCCUCAACAAGCUGGCGCACGACCACGACAACUGCGACAAGAUCGGCAAGACCAGGGGCCUCCUCGACAAGAUCAUCUCCUACUCCAGCAUCGACCAUGCGCUGGCGGCGUCGACGCCCAGGGACAUGAGGAUCAAGGCGGUGAAGCAGUCGCUGCGCGUGGUGAAGAGGCUGGCCAGCACGACGGGGAACACCGGGAAGCUGCUCCGACGGGAGCUCACCGACAUCGUCUUCACCGUGAGCAACGUCAGGGAGGUCCUGCAGCGGCGCGAUAAGAAUGUCCAGUUGGAGCUGCACCAGAUGGCCAUCGAGAUACUCACGAGUCUUGCCAUGGACGAUGUGGCCAGGGAGAUAAUCGGCGAGACGGGGGGCGUGGUCAGCGUGCUGGUCGCCAUGUUCUUGCCGGCGGGGUUUACCACGAAGGAGUGUCGAACGACGGACGCUGUCCGAGUGGAGGCCGGCGAGGCGCUCGCCAUGCUGGCUAUCGAGAACAAGAAGAACUGCGGGGAGAUCAUAAUGGCUCUCGGCGGAGGGGUCUGGCGGCUCGUCGACGCGCUGAAGGACCCCAUCAUCAUAGUCAGCGCCGCAAGGAUCAUGCGCAACUUAUGCUCCUACGCCGGUGACGAGUGGCAGAUCCCGCUGAGAGGGGUCACCGCCGGCGCCGCCAAGGUACUUAGGUCCAUCACGGUGGAGAAGGCCAAGAUCCUCAGCAUCUUCAUCGGGCUGGCGGCGCAGAUGCUCCCGUACAUGGAGCCCGGGGAACUCCACGCGAGGCUCGCCGCGGCGAGGGUAGUGGACACGGUGCUGGCAAGGACGCUCGUGCAGGUGCUGCGGGAGUACAGCCGCCCGUCCAUGGAUGUACCCCGGAUCCGGCGGUACACCAUCGAGCUCGCCAUGGCCAUGAUGCGGUUGGACGCGCGCUACGUGGCCCUGUUCGUGGAGCUCGGGAUGGGGAGCGAGCUGAGGUGCGUGGCGGGGACCACCUCGCAGCUGGAGUGCUUCAACGUCUUCUCCGGGAGCGUCGGGCUCAGCCGCCGCGCAACCAGCGUCCGCUCCCUCGUCACGUCGGCAUUGGAGCUGAUGAACAAGGGCCGGAAUUAA